GGCUGGGGUUGCCAGGCAACCAAGUCAACAGUAUCAACAGCCUGAGCCACUGACCAAGGAGGGAAGGGGCUUCCCACUGAACAGACAGAAAGACAAAACGGCAGAUACCAAGAAGAUCCCAGAAGCCCAUGCACGAUUCAAAUGCACAGUACUGGACAGAAUCUAAUCUCAGAGCUUUUCAUCAUUGCUCACUCCAUAUUGACUUCACAGGAAGGAGACACAGUAGGGAGGAGCAGGAAGAGCUCUAGUGACCAGGAGCCAGGGAGAUGCCAGAAGCACAGCCGCACCCAGGUAAAAUGAAUAAAGUAAGGAAGUCAUCUUCCAUAAAGGAGAGUGAAAUAGGGAAACCAGAGCAGGAAACCUCAGCAGAGAAGAAGGUGGCGGCAGGAAAUGAAUCUAAGCAAAUGAAGAAAGCAUCAAAAGCAACCAAAGAGUGGAAGAAGAUAAUGGCAGCAAAGGCCGCAGCGAAAACAAUCGCCGCCGUGACAAGGGAACAAAGAUCAAAGCACCAAAGCCAGUGGGGGGAGCCUACCGCGCAGAAGAUGGCCACAUUUCUGAAGAAGUACCCAGAUGACCUGAUGCGCAAGGACCUGACUUUCUUAUCUCCAGCCGAGGCAAAGCGCUACUUGCUUUUUGUGGAACCCAAGAGGGCUGGCUCCACGGAAGUGCUCAGCAGUGAUUCGAUUGAUAGCAUCAGCAGCAGUCAAGGCUGCAGGCAGUGGGAGCUUCCUGAGAAGCCAGAAACGGAACAGCAGAACCGCCUCAUUGGGGUGCUGAAGGCUUCUGAGGCUCGAAGCCGAGUCCGAGCGCUACGACUCCGAUAUACACGGAUGAGGGCCGAGGAGAUAAAGCACCUGAUUAGCAGGCAGAAAACAGCCCGGGCAGCAAUCCGACUUGAACUAUUCCUGCCCCCUCAUCUGAACCCCAUGAAGAUCCCGGACUGUCUGGACGGACGUGAGAGGCGUCGUGUAGAGGCCAUCCUGCAAGAAGACAACAUCCAUCCGCUGUUCAGAUGAUUUGGAGGAGACAGCUGGAGAUCAUUUUCCCUACCACUUCAAGCUUUGGACCAAAAAGAAAAAGAAAAAAAUGAGAGAAUUCUUUCCACCUGAGACUUUUGUCUUCUAUCAUAGUGUUCCCUUACGGCAUGCCUAAGACUCUUAAUUUUGUGACUAUAAAUUGAGUACCUGGGUCAGGUAUACCCCCAUAUUCUGGCUUCAGCACCACACAAACAAGCCUUCUUGGCCCAAAGAUCACAGAUACAUAUAGCAGAUACAGGCACCAGACAGCACUUUGCUGAAAUCUAAAUCAGAAUGCUAUUUAAAAAAAAAUACAUGGAUUUCAUCAGAAUA